UGGGUGGUGCGAGAGGCCGGUUAUCGCGCAGCGCGGCUUUUGUGAGGAAAACAGCCGUUAGCCUUCCGUUUGUCUGGCUGCUGCCGACAUGAGCGGCCUGGAGGGGGUGGAGGGGACACCUCUCCGUGAAACCCAGAGUCUCAUCACCCCCGACCGUGCCCCCGGAGACCCGGACUCUCCCCGGUGCCUGAAGCUCCGUGAGGAAACCGAGGCGUCACAGGUGAUGGCGGAGACGGGUGAGGGGAGCUGCGAGGCCGUGGCGCUCCCCCCGCCGCAGCUUCCAGAGGAGCGCGGUGCCCCCCGCACGGCUCCCCCAGACCCGGGCUGUGCCGGUACGCCCCAGACCCGAGGCGGUGGGGGUGGCGGUGACGUAGCGCCCCGAGCGGGGCAAGAGCAGCCUCCGCCUCCCGCGAAGGGCCUGGAAAAGGCGUCUGUAUCCCCGGCAACGGACGGCAGCGUGGGAAGUGGCGGUUGGCGGCAAGAGCCGCGAGGCCCGGAUGGGGAGAAGGCGCUAGAAGCCUGUGACGCGGAGAGGUUGGGGUCGGAGGUGGUGGCGGAGGCGAAGGCUGAGGAAGUGAAGACUGAAGAGGGCCCCGUCUUCUCAGUCGCAGCGGGUGAGGAGGUGGCGGAGAAGGAAGGAGUGAAGGAGGAGGAGGGAGUGGAGCAGGAGAUGGAGGUGGAGGAGAAGCCAGGAGGCGAAGAAGUAGAAAUGGUGGAGAACAGAGUGGUGGAGGAGGCAGGGCACCGGCCCCUGCGCAUGGAUCUCCGCAUGAACCCUCUGGAGGCCAUCCAGCUGGAACUGGACACGGUGAAUGCUCAGGCUGACCGGGCGUUUCAACAGCUAGAGCAUAAGUUUGGACGGAUGCGUCGACACUACCUGGAGCGGAGGAACUACAUCAUUCAGAAUAUCCCGGGCUUUUGGGUCACUGCCUUUCGGAACCACCCCCAGUUGUCCCCCAUGAUUAGGGGCCAAGAUGCAGAGAUGUUAAGAUACAUAACCAAUUUGGAGGUGAAGGAGCUCAGGCACCCUCGAACAGGCUGCAAGUUCAAGUUCUUCUUUAGAAGAAACCCCUAUUUCCGAAACAAGCUGAUUGUCAAGGAAUAUGAGGUCAGAGCCUCUGGCCGAGUGGUGUCUCUUUCCACUCCAAUCAUAUGGCGCCGGGGCCAUGAACCCCAGUCCUUCAUUCGCAGGAACCAAGAGGUCGUUUGCAAUUUCUUCACCUGGUUUUCAGACCACAGCCUUCCAGAGUCUGACAGGAUUGCUGAGAUUAUCAAAGAGGACCUGUGGCCAAAUCCACUGCAAUACUACCUGCUGCGUGAAGGAGUCCGUAGAGCCAGACGUCGCCCAAUAAGGGAGCCAGUGGAGAUCCCCAGGCCCUUUGGGUUCCAGUCUGGUUAAACUUUGCCCUUGAAGAUGGUCCCUUUCCGCCUCUUGCUGGACCUGUGCUUGGGCAACAGAAAUGGGUAUGCCUUCUACUUUUUUCCCCCCUUUCUUUCUUUGACAUUUCUGCAGCCUUUUUCCUCUGGACAUUCAGUUCUCUCAGCCUCAAGAUUGAGACCAUCAUGGCCGUGCGCCUCCACUUUCACUUGGCCUUCAUGCUGUUCUGCAUUAAUACUACAUGCUGCAUGGCCAUGAUUCACACCACUGCUAAGUCAAGCUCGUGAUAUUGUAAAUUGCACUGCCUUUAUCUGCACUACUUGGACUCCGUUUGUUCCCAGGGCCUCUGAUCUGCCUCUUAUACUUGAAAUUCUAGCUUUGUCUAGGAGUGCAUUCUACCCACUGCAGUACAGGCAUAUAGACUGUGGGCAGUUGCGGGGCAUUAAUGGUAUCAAGGGAGAACAGCAGUGGGCCACUUGGCCUGUAUGAUUUAUGUGACUCCAUUGCUCUUCUUGUGCCUCUGGUCAUCUCCUAUCGCUGCCUGCUACUGGCUGUGCCCUUGGCUGCUACCUAUGGAUGAACAUUUUAGACCACUGUCGGCCGCACUCUGGUUUCUGGUAAACAAUCUCCAGGUUUCCGGCCAGCGCACAAAAAAUUCUACCCAAAGGACUUCUCUUGUAUUCCCCACCCCCAAGCCCCUUCCCUCCACUCCCAUCAUCCAGAACCCUAUUAACUGUCAGGCAAGUGGUUGAGGUGACAGGUUAGGUCUUGUCCUCCUGGCAGGUUGGUCUGAGGAUGGUGUCCAUUAAAAGUACCAGGCUUUCUCAGCCUCAACGAGUGAAUUUACCCAAAACCUAGGUACCUCUUUUUGCCUCCUUUUUUUCAUCCUGAGUGUGAUUAAGUGCCAGGGUGGCAGUACACUUUCUCCAUGGCCUUUCUCCUGUCUCGUGAAAGAAGUGAUAGCUCAUAAACAUCUGCAAAAUCAAGUCUUUUAGUUUUAAUUUGGCUCUCUCCAUUAUUUCCAAGGAUGGUUGUCUUGUAUAAUAGACUGCCAGCUUUCUUAUUUCCCUCUGCUUUCUUCCCCAUCCUAAACCCCCUUUAGCAACAUCUAGAAUGUUUAAAGGGAGACAGAUUUAGAUGAGUGAAAAGUGAUAUCUAGGCCAUAAUGGGUGGAAGAACUAAAGAUAUUGUGGUGGGUGCCCAAAGCAUGGGAAACUAAACAAGACCACAGGCAAAAAUGAGCCAGAUAAAAAUUGGGCCUAAAAUUAAGAUUGAUUGAAAGCCUUCAAGGAAGGUUCUUUCUCUCUCAGUGGUGAUGGGAGAAGUUCUUUUUCUCAGGAUUGACAUGGGAGAAUUGAAGGGGGUUGGAAUGUUAAAUACCUUGUCUAGAGUAGAGUUCUUUAAAGAAACAGCACAACUUUGAGUGCUUUCUGUCUUUUUCAUUUGACUUAAUUUAUGACGAGGAUUAAUACUGUCUUUCAUGUUGCUAGUAUUUAGUAAAAUCCUGUUAUUUUCUCUUGUUUCUGCUUCUGGAAAAAUUGAGCCGUACAGGCUUUAUUUUGCUUUCAAUUGGGAACGUUUAGAAAUAUAACAGUUGUAUUUUCCUGUACAAUAUAGAGAUUUAAAUGAAUAUCUCUAACGGAUUUCAACUUGUUUUUGUUAAAACUAUCCUUAGAAAUUUAAUUUGAAUAACUUGUUCUUGUCACACUUUUAAGACUUUGGAAAUUGUUGUCUUCAUGGAAAAAUAACCUACUAAAAAUGUGUGGCUUAAUUGUCUUACUUCAUAAUUUGCCUGGUUAACAACUUAGUAAUUGAUGUGUCUCUUUUCCUAAAUAGCAUAAAUACUUGUGAGGUUGCUUUGUCUAAUUGAAAGUAUACCGUUGAUAUAUAUAUUUGUCUUUCCUUAUAUGCAUGAUGGUAAAAUAAAAGCAUA